UAGUAGAUCCGACGGCAAACACUACCCAUUCCACUCUCUCCGCCGGCGACCACCGCUGGGUUCGUUCUCCUUGAGACCUUGAGAUCCAACUUCCCCUGCUGGUGGCCGUCGCCGGAGAAGUAUCGAGAUGCACGGCCAGCCUCGCCGCCCGGCGAAGCCGGAGGACGACGCGGCGGCCGCAGCGAAGGCCGCCAAGCUCCGGGACCUCCAGGUCCAGGUCCUGCAGAACCACCACUCCCGCACGUAUACCGAGGAGGCGCUUGGGCUGAGCUUCAAGCUUCUCGAGAUAAAUCCGGAGGCCUAUACUGCGUGGAACUACCGGAAGCUUGCCCUGCAGCACAAUCUCAGGGAGCUUACUGACCCAGAGGCCAUCAAGUCUUCUGUUGACGACGAGCUCAGAGUGGUGGAGAUUGCUUUGAGGCAAAAUCCAAAAUCUUAUGGGGCGUGGUAUCAUCGCAAGUGGUUGUUAAAUCAAAAGCUUACCCCAGUGGAUUUCAAGCGUGAAUUCGGCCUAUUGGAUAAACUGUUAAAGGUGGACGCAAGGAACUUCCACGGAUGGAAUUACCGCAGGUUCCUCGCUAAGUUUAUGGGGGUGCCAGAAGAGGAAGAGCUUAAGUACACAAUGGAUAAGAUCUGUGACAACUUCAGUAAUUACUCAGCAUGGCAUAAUCGUAGUAUACUUCUGUCCAAUCUGCUUACCCAACAGAGGAAGGGUUUUGAGUCAAAGCAGAAGAUAUGUUCAGAGGAGUUUGAACUUGUAACCCAAGCACUUUUUACAGACCCGAGUGACCAAAGCGGAUGGUUCUAUCACCUCUGGCUUUUAGCUCAGACAUCCAGUCCAGAAAAUCCACAACUGAUUUCAUCAUGGCCUUGCAAUGGUGCCAAACUAAGUUUAUCUCUGGUUGGGAAAAAAGAUGACCUGAACACAGUGUCUUCCUCAUUGAAGGAAGGGAUUGUGCCCAUUGUUCUCUAUUUCAAUGAGCCUGUCAAAGGAUUAAGUCCAUCAACUGUGAAGUUGAAUUCUGAUUUGGUGAUUGGUAACAAUAUUCAAUGGAGGCCCCUCUCAAUAACAGACUCUGGACAUUCCAACUGUUGGGCCACAUAUCUUGAAAUUACAAACAAAGAAUGUAGCAGUUCACAACAAUUUUCUGUAGAAGUAAGUAUACCCUGCUCAGAUGACAUUGUGUCUAGAAGUGGCUCUCAUUGCAAUUGUCCUGUGCAUUUUAUGUUUACCAUUGAACUGGGCAACAAUGAUGAUAAAGCACGGAAUAUCGAUCUGUUUCAUGACCCAAUUUCCUGGAAUGGCUCAGAAUCAGUCCAAUCUCACGGAAACCCCAGUUCUGUCCCUUUUGAUCACCUAAACAUCACUGAUGCCUUGGUUCAAGAGGAGUCAAAAUGGCAUUUGGAAGCAUUGUCUGAACAAAUUGACCUUUUCAGAGAAUUGCCUGAUGAGAAUAGCAAAUUUGCCAAGUUGACAUUAGCACGGCUAUCGCUUGCUUGUGCUGCAAUAAAGUCCCGUGGAAAUUCUCCCAUUGAAAGGAAGGGAUACUGCGAAGAGGCACUAGGGUUCUUCAGUGACCUGAUUUACCUGGAUCCAUCUCAUAAAAGAUAUUAUGAGGAUGAGCGGAGCUCAGUCCAAAUGGAUCAGUUGACAUGCAAUAUGGCGACUUUCAUGGAGCACUGUUCAGACCAAGUGCAAUCAAAUCUAUCUCCGUUAAAUCAUGUGCAACUUUGCAGAUUGGCAUUAACACGCAUUGGAUAUCCUGAGCGUUUACUGUGGGUUCAAAUGCUGGACCUAAGCCAUAACAAUCUCCGAUCAGUUGAAGGUUUGGAGGCUUUGCAGCAGCUUGUCUGCCUGAACAUCAGCAACAACCAGAUCAGUGGUUUCACAUCACUUGAACCUCUCACGAAGAUAAUUUCUUUGAAAGUACUAGAUUUAUCAUGUAACGAGAUUGGAGCUCACUCGAUAGACACAGCACGGUAUAUCUGCUUAUCUCCGUUUUCACACAAAGUCGAACCAUGUGAUGCAUUUGAAGAGUGCCGAAAGAAAAACAUCAAUGUCGAGGAAUUCUGGGACGCCAUUUUGUUCUUCAAAUCUGUGAACUUGGUGCAGCUUGACGUCAAAGGAAAUGCAGUUGCCAACAAAGAUACAUUCAGAACUGUUGUGAUGACACUCAGUCCUUCUCUAAAAUUCCUUGACGGCACAUGUGUUCAUUAGCUAUUCAUCAGAGAAUAGAAACUUGGAUGGGAUGUCAAAAGUAAUCAUUGUACUCUUUUUUUGCUAGCAGCCAUAGAUCUGCUCCAUGUGUAUUACAGCUUCUGUAAGCAGAUUUGAGAGACAAAUACAAUGUUCUUUGGUACCACUACAGAAUUGCAUUUGCAGUUCACCAUGGG